UUCAACAAUACAUUUCAAAAGUAUUGAGGAGACACAAAAAGUAAUUACGAAAAUAACUCUUAACUGCUAUGAAAUACAGCCGUUGUUAACUGUUUGAUUGUGUUUAUCGGGCCCGUUAUACCAACAGUAUCAUCAAGAGUAUAAAUUACAAACUGAUACAACGCAUAACGAGAUUAAUGGGCGCCCCUACCCGACUUAUGACGCGUGUCGAAACACAUCAAUAAGGUUCAAGUUCCUUAUUGUGUUUAGGCGUACAACCCCUGUAAUUAAGAAUGGUUUUUAAUACCGAAUUUAGAUUCGUUGUUAAUUGAUUUUAGACCUUAAUGCUGGCAAUAUUUGCGCUCUACACUUAUGUUUGCAGUACUGAUAAAUUACUUAAAUGUAACAUUUUUUGUUUGAAACUAGUCUAAAUUAGUCUAAACCUAAACCCGUCACAAACUCACGAUAUAUAAACAAUGGAGUUCAUUUUGUGAGAAUGGAUUGAACAAAAACUUUCAACUGAACCCAUUGCGUACAGCGUAGGCCGUAACUGACGUACAUAGCUGUGGCAACCUCUAAAUAAGUCAUUAAUUACAAUUGUCUUACAGACAAUGUAGUGGCACUUUAGACCCUGGCCCACGCAUUUAACUAAACGCAUGUUGUCCUAAAUGCUUUAACUGUUAGCACUUAGCACAGAUAAUCGCAAAUUCCAAAUAUUUUUUUUUAGUCUGCUUUGAAGUUCGCACUUAUUUACGGCCAGCUAUAAGUAACCACAGAGAACUAAGAGAUUUGAAUUUGAAAAUGGAAUAGUGUAUUCUAAUGAAGAGGCCAUAAAAUUUAAAAGGCGCAAAAAGCAGGUCAUCUUUAAAAAGUAUCGACAUUGACUUUUGACGAUUGAUAAAUAUUUGCGAAAUGAGAUUAAAGUAGUGCUUUCAAAUCUAGUUUUCGCAUAAGGCGUAAACUGCGUAAAUAUAAACACUACCGUCCUUUCCCGAGUGAAAUGAGGUAAAAAAUUAUGUGGUCGUUGUACGGUGCUCUAAUCAUUUCGACGUAAGCACGUAACUGUGGUCUGUGGCUUCUAGAGGCGCCGGGUAUUUAUAUUCAUUACAGCAUUAGGUAACUUUUAAGAGGAAAUAUUUUAAUUUAAAUGGAAAAUAUGUACAGGAAAAUAUAACCGUUGAUGGUGACGUUAUUAUCUAAUUUAAUACUGUUAUCGUAUUGUUAUUGGCUGUUAUGUCAACGGAAUUGUUUAUAUUAUGAAGUAGUUAUGUGUGUAUGACCUCUACUUCACCUCAUGGUGAGCAAUGACUCGGUCUGCACUCGUAAUUCGAUCACUGUUUCUGUUUCAAUGGAAAAUCAUUGGCCAUUGCCAGUACGCGAAGCUAAUUGCUUAUUAUGAAAUUGAUCAUUGCGGGAGGAUACAUGUUACAUUAUUCAAUAGGUAUGUAUGCUUGUAUUGGGCUCGCUGUUAUAGCAGCGGUAAGUCCCCUCUUUGAGGAGUGGCUAGAGAGGCGUCACGGCGUCCUCACCUACCGCCUGACGCAGGUGCUUACCGGACACGGAAGUUUCGGUAGGUUCCUGUUUCGGAUUCGGCGGGAGGAAACGCCCGGGUGUCGGCAUUGCGUGGAUCACCCGGAGGACACGGUGGAGCAUACAGUAGCGGUGUGCCCUGCAUGGGCUGAGCACCGCCGUGUCCUUAGGGAUGUGAUCGGCGACAGUGACCUCUUGCGUCCGGCGUUAGCUCAGGCCAUGAUUCGGAGCGAGAGGGAAUGGGACGCCGUCUCCUCCUUCUGCGAAGCAGUCAUGCUAGCUAAGGAGGAGGCGGAGCGCGUGAGGGAACGAUCCUCCUCACGCCCCAGCCGCCGCAGAAGACACUCCGGGCGUCGGGGAUCGCGUGACGAUCUCCGGCCACCGUAAGUGCGGGUCUGCGGACGGCGAGCAAGGGUAGCUCGCCGCCCGACCAGAACCAGACCCGUGCGUACGGCGCGUCGCGUUCCGCGCGCGCCUCAAAGAGCCAGACCACCACAGAUGGGGCCCAGUAGGGCUGAUGCCUGAUCCGGAGCUGCGGACAACGUAAAAGGUUACCGGGGCUCCGGCUCAAAGCAGGAGAAGGAACGGGG